AUGUGGAACGACAUCAAGAUCAUUAAGGGCGACCAUGUUACCAGAUCGGCUGGCGCAGCACUGCUGUGCAGCAUCUUGACUCAACACCUUUCCGACCGCCGACCCAAGCUCCAGUCCUUGUCCGAGACGCUGUGCUGGAUUAUACUACCUAUAGUGUUCAAGGUUGCGGCUGCGAAUAAAGGCGGAAAUUACAGACGGGAGAAGGCCGAUGUCAUAGGCUGGAACGCCUCGAAGAGACUACCUGCAUCUACCCUGUCGUUAUGGGUAGUUGCUCUAUGCUUCUUCGCAUACUGGUUCUUCGCUGCUGAAAAUUCCCUGGUCGCAUUCCUUCCGGCACUGACGCCACUACUGCUUGUCUGUCAGAAUCACCUUAUUUGGCACGAUGCAGAUGUUCCUGGCGCAUCACCACCCAGUUCCCAAGGCUUCUUUUACACAUUCAACACUGUCUGGGGCGGCGUCUUGGUGGCUUUGUUCUCCAUUCUGACCCUCAAAUCGGACUGGAACAUCCGAACAGUAGAUGCUCUGUCGCUUGUCCCGCUUGUUGCUUUGCUGGUGGCCUAUAUCGCCCUCGACCCUAGGCCAAGAAUAUCCAAGAGGUAUCAUCGAUUUCUUCCACCUUUCGAUCUCGAGGAUGCACUACUCCCUUUAUCGCUACGAGUUACACUCGUGCUGGUAGUUGCACUAGGCCUGGAAACUCUGGCUUUCGGCUACCCAGCUUGCUCCGCACAUACCCCCGCGUUAGCUUUGACCAAGGCUUUGUCUUGGUACUUCACAUUCCAAACAGCUAGGAAAUCUUCUUGGCGCACUGCCGCAGCCAUAAUAACAUAUAGCAUUGUGUCUGCUCGUGAUCCCUUCACAAUACCCACAGAUUUACGCGCAUUCUCUUACGUUGUGGCAUCCUUCUUGUCACUCGGCCAGAUUAUUCAAUUGCUUCCAAGGCAAGCGAAAUCGAAAUCAGCAUUAUGGGCUUUCUGCCUUGUGUCUCUCGUACCAUACCUCAUCAAUGUGUAUACCAUACAAAUCGAGCAGCCGCCAUCACUAUUGACGCAUCCCCAAGCUCAUCCCAUCCAUCAAUUGAUACGCAACGCCAAAGAAGACUUUGAAAAUUUGAUCGACAGUCAGUCGAAUACCUACGCGGCUGCUCACAAGGAGUAUCGACGCCGAUAUGGCCUGGAGCCGCCACCCGGUUUCGAGGCUUGGUUCUACUUUGCGACUUCUCAUCAGUCACCCAUCAUUGACGAUUUCGAUUUAAUACACGAAAGCAUCGCCCCAUUCUUGGAUAUGAGUGGUCGAGAAUUUCUCGAAAGAAUGAGACUCGUGCAGAACAUCCCAGGCAGCGACUUAUGGCUUUGCACCUUUUCUGGUCGCGAGGCCAAGACUGUCUGCACCCACCCCUAUCGCGCUUAUGAUAGACACAUUGGAUACUCAUUCGACAAACUGAUGGCAGGGCUUCCUGGGCGUCUUCCCGAUGUCAAAUUCCUGGUCAAUCACAUCGAUGAACCGAGGGUUCUGAUACCUCAACGGAAAGACGCACAUAUUAGCGGAACCUGCAUCAUGGACAACAUGUCAAGACGGCCUGUCUGGGACACUUUGACCAAGUUUUGCUCCACUCGGGAUCUGAACACAACGACCAGCGAUACCAGGCACAUGAGAGAGGACUAUGGCCUUCCAUUUAUCACAGAUCCGUCUUCCGCCACGGAUCUGUGUCAACAUCCAGAGUACAGCACCACGCACGGCCUCCUCAUGAGCCCCGCGUCGUUUCCCCUGCUGGAAGGCUUAGUACCGGUGCUCUCGACAGGCUCGCUAUCGACCAUGGGCGACAUCCUGUAUCCCAGCCCAGCUUACCUAGAGGACGAAUUCCAAUACGCCGACGCGAACGACGUCGACUGGGAUAGCAAGCGGAACAACCUUUACUGGGCUGGCUCUAACACGGGCGGGUUUGCCUCUGACGGCGAGUGGCGACAAUUCCACCGCCAAAGAUUUGUCGAGCUGGCGCAGAACCUGAACAGGCGCCAGCACGACUACCUCCGGGAGACGGGUGGCGUCCUCAGCCGGGUGAAAUCGUCCUUUCUCAACUCCAGACUAUUCGACGUGGCGUUCACCAGGAUAUUCCAAUGCGAGGGGCGAUCCUGCAGGGACCAACGGGCUUACUUCAACUUAAAACCAUGGGAGGACAAGGAUCGCGCCCUCAGGUCCCGUCUUGUCUUCGACAUGGACGGGAACGGAAUCAGCGGGCGCUACUACAACUUCCUCGCCUCGCGAUCAGCGCCGCUUAAACAGACUCUCCUUCGCGAGUGGCACGACGAGCGCCUCGUGCCGUGGCUUCAUUAUGUGCCGAUCAGCCAGAGCAUGGAGGAGUUACCUGAGGUAGUUUCGCAUCUCACUUCCACCGAGGCGGGGCGGCAAGCGGCCAGGCAUAUUGCUGAAGAGGGUCGCGAGUGGUUCAGCAAGGCGUUUAGAGAGAUCGACCGGAGCAUAUAUGUUUAUCGUUUGCUGCUGGAGCUGGCAAGGUUGGAGGACCCAGCGCGACCGCGCAUGGCUCGAGACGUUGGAGGGUGGUGA